AUGUUCAAUUUGGAAUUACAAGCUUUGAAUGCUUCGAAAAUCAUUCCACAAAGUGUCGCUUCAAUGUCUUCUAUUUAUAUCGAUUGUAUCAUGGGAAAUCCAAUGGAAAUGUUUGAUGUGUUUGUGACUGAUAUAGAAACCAUUCAAAAUGUGUUGAUAAAUCUUCCUCGAAAUGGAAAAUUGGUCGAAUGGAGUGAAAUGGAAUUUUUACAGGAAUUCUCAAUUCCCACUCGAUAUGCUGUCACUUCCAUUCCUCCCAAUCAAUUUUCUUCGACAUUAGAAAUUGAAGAGAAUGUUUACAGGAAGAGAGAUUUUUCUUUUUUAAAUUCCACUUCAUUCAUUCCUUUUUUCAAUGACAACCUAUUAACCUUAAAUGCUCGAUUUGGAAAUUUGGGAAAUAUUUCACUCACAGAAAGAAUAUUCCUAAAAGAUUUUCUAUUCAAAUCCGUCUCUUCCAAUCUCACUUUUUAUCCCUACAUUUCCUCUCAAAAUUAUGGAAUUUACAAGACGGACAAUUUCUCUUCCUUACAUCCCCUUAAUGAAAUGUUUUGCCUUAAUUCCAUGACCAAUGAAUUCAUGACAUGUUCUGAUUCCCUUGGAUUUCCAGCUCGAGCAGUUUAUGAAGCUUUGAAUUAUAUUUCUCUUGUGAUGGGUUUUCUUUUUUUGGCGGAUUUUCAACAGUGUGGAAAACCAUUUCGAUGA